CCCCCAGGUGAGGAUGGUGGGCGGCAUCCCACCUUGAAGGCCGGGAGGGAGGACUGGGAGUGCUCGGAGGCAAGAAGAGUGCCUUGGGGGAAGUGAUGUUGUCACCCUAGCUGGGAUCAUAGGAAGAUCAGACGGGUACAAAGGCCAUACCCCCUGGUGUCACUGAGAGUGUGUGUGUGUGUGUGUGUGUGUGUGUGUGUGUGUAAGGGGGCUGCUGCUCACCUCUCUCUCUUAAUGCCUGAUGCUCCCCCUAGGGGGCACUAAGCUUAAGAAUUUCUGAGUCAGUACUGUGCGGUACCUUGCUAGGGUCCUACUUUUAGUCUUUUGAAACCAGGAGACAAAGAAACUAAGGGAAGUAGAAACUCUAAGUUCCAGCCUUGCAUCCACACUGGUGCACACCGUGCAUAUUGCACGGAGGCAGGAGGAGAGUGGGGAUGGACGUGUGGGUAGCCCCUUUCGGUUGUACUCACAUUGGGACAAGCACAUGACCAGGCGGGCACACAGGUGCACCUAUACACUCGGCUUCCAAAGGCACAGCUCCUGAAAGGCUGUCCUCUUACUGCCUUGCAGGUACCUGCUCUGUGUUGUUUCCUGUUCUUCUUAACUAUGCCCAGAAAUCUAGGGCCUCUGCUGUUAACUUGGUUAAAACACUUGGUUUCUACUGCCUUAUCUCUCUCUUUCUGACUGGUCCCAAGGCCAGGCAUGAAGAAUUAAAGGGGCCAGUCAGAACUGCAUCAGAAGGUUGUGUGUGUGUGUGUCUUUGUGUGUGUGUGUGUCUUUGUGUGUGCGUGUAUACACACAUGUGUGCAACAAUGCAAAAAGAGUGGAAGACAGGUUAUUUGAGCAAUCAAACUCAAUCUUUAUUGAUUAUGUGCCUGCUGGGUGUCACUUAGGCAAAGAGAAUGAGACAUGAGCCCUGCCCUCAGGAGCGCUCCAUCUGGUGGAGAACUAGACAUGUAAACAACUCAGAAGCAGCGGCCCAUCCAGCCCUCUUUCACCAAAUCUCUCUGCCGGGAGUCUCACUGGAAGUGCCUCCUGCUCUCCCUGCUCAUGUACGGCUGCCUGGGGGCAGUGGCCUGGUGCCACGUCACCACAGUGACGCGCCUCACCUUCAGCAGCGCCUACCAGGGCAAUAGCCUCAUGUACCACGACAGCCCCUGCUCCAACGGCUACGUCUACAUCCCCCUGGCCUUCCUGCUGAUGCUCUACGCGGUCUACCUGGUGGAGUGUUGGCACUGCCAAGCCCGCCACGAGCUGCAGCACCGUGUGGAUGUGAGUAGCGUUCAGGAGCGCGUGGGCCGCAUGCAGCAGGCCACCCCUUGCAUCUGGUGGAAGGCCAUCAGUUAUCACUACGUCCGACGAACUCGACAGGUCACCCGAUACCGCAAUGGAGAUGCCUAUACUACUACCCAGGUCUACCACGAGCGGGUCAACACACACGUGGCGGAGGCCGAGUUCGACUAUGCGCGCUGUGGCGUCCGGGAUGUGUCCAAGACGCUGGUGGGGCUGGAGGGCGCGCCGGCCACGCGGCUGCGCUUCACCAAGUGCUUCAGCUUCGCCAGCGUGGAGGCUGAGAACGCGUACCUGUGCCAGCGCGCGCGCUUCUUCGCCGAGAACGAGGGCUUGGAUGACUACAUGGAGGCGCGAGAGGGCAUGCAUCUCAAGAACGUGGACUUUCGCGAGUUCAUGGUGGCUUUCCCCGACCCGGCUCGGCCGCCCUGGUACGCCUGCUCGUCGGCCUUCUGGGCGGCAGCCCUGCUCACGCUGUCCUGGCCGCUGCGCGUGCUGGCCGAGUACCGCACGGCGUAUGCGCACUAUCACGUGGAAAAGCUCUUUGGUCUGGAGGGACCGGGCUCGGCCAGUAGCGUGGGCGGCGGCCUGAGUCCCAGCGACGAGCUGCUGCCCCCGCUCACACAUCGUCUGCCGCGGGUCAACACGGUGGACAGCACGGAACUCGAGUGGCACAUCCGUUCUAAUCAGCAGCUGGUACCCAGCUACUCGGAGGUGUUGCUUAUGGACCUGGUCGAGCUGGGCUCACGCUGCGGCGGGCCAGGGGGUAGCUACGUGCCCAGGUGUCGCUACGGAGGGGUUGGUGGCCCGGGCGCGGCGGGCGUGACCCCGCACUGGCGGAGCUGCGAGCACUGUCAGCGAGCGGUCAGCAGCUCGUCCAUCUUCUCGCGCAGCGCGCUGAGUAUCUGCGCCAGCCCGCGGGCUGCCCAGGGCCCUGGAGCGAGCGCGGGGUGUGGGGGCAGCCGCUUCUCGCUCAGCCGCCUCUACGGCUCCCGGCGCAGCUGCCUGUGGCGCAGCCGGAGCGGGAGUGUCAACGAGGCGAGCUGCCCCACGGAGCAGACGCGUCUGUCGAGCCAGGCCAGCAUGCGGGACAACGAGGAGGACGAGGACGAGGAGGAGGCCGGGCCACCGCCGCCCUACCAGGACGCCCUCUGCUUCCCUGUCCUCAUCGUCCAUCGGCAGGAGGGGUGUCUGGGCCACAGCCACCGGUCACUGCACCGCCAUGGCUCCUGCGUGGAGACCUCACUGUGACCUCCUGCCUUUGGAGGGAGCCUGCGCCGCCGUUCUCCUUCCUGCCUCUCCUUGUGUUGUGCUCCCUGUGUGUAGCAGGGGAAGGCAGGAUGGUGGCUAAGGCCAGGCAGGGUAUGAGGGAAGGCAGGAGGUGAGGGGCACUCUCAGACAAGACCUCAGUGAUCUGAGACUGCUUCCCUGUACACAGACAGAGGCUGGGAGAUUGGCAGCUCUCUUAAGAAUCCCAUCCACCUGGGCAGAGGUGUUUCUCUCCCAGUCCUCACCGAGUUCCAGCAGGGGGGUACACCCCCUUUCCCAUGCACACUCGAGAUUUCCCUUCCAGGCUUUCAUCGAGUCUUGACUGUUAGUAUGUUGUGGGACCCGUUUCUGGCCUCCCAACCAAGGGAGCCAUCAUGGUGGGUACCAAGAAAGGCAAAGCACUUGGGGCUUUUUUUUUUUUUUUUUUUUGCCCUGGCUCCCCGUGGAGAUGGGCGGUGGUUUGGUGAAGAGCAGCAGAGUUGGCUUCCAGCCAGCAACUGUGUUCCCGGGUCUGAGGGUGGGGCCAGAUGGCAGCCCAGUAUUCAUCUCCAUACCUUGAAAGAGUUCUGGCCUCUCGGCGCUGCCUCCCGCCGCCGCUGGGAAAGCCACACUCAGCACUGUUGUUUGUUUCACUUGAGCCCCAGAGGUCCGGUCCUGGAGGGACUUUUCCUCACACCAAUGACGUCACUCACCUCGGGGCUUACCGGCUCUGAAGAGCUGUUGUCAGGGUGCAGGGCAAGGGAAGGGAGGCUGGGAGGGCUCCGCAGGCCUUUUCUGGAAAAGACUCAGUCUCCGGUCCAUCAGCUGCUUCCUCCCCUAGGUUCUGGGUAGGUGCUUCCGUCAGGGAGGCCAUCCUGGAGGUCCUCAUUAAAGCCCGCCAGGGGUGAGUGAGUGAGCAAGUGGACAGAGCCUGAGACACACCCCGAUGUCGAGAGACCUCAGGAGUAGAGUUAGUAAUGGCUGGUAGACUGAGACUAGCCCUGGAGGGAUGGCGAUGGGCUGGCGUGCUGUAGCUUUUCCUCAGCAGGCAGUGGAGCAAACACUUAAGAAGGAUGUCCCUCACACAUGCCUCCAUAGAGCCGAGUCCAUCCCAAACCCUAGCUAGAGAGAUACCCAUUUCCAGUGGCAGGAGAUCCGUUCUCACCAGACCCUCCACUUCUUCCUGUCCAGCGAGUUGAAGCUCUAGGUCUUCAGAGGGGCUCCAUGACACAGCCCCGGGGCACCAGCCCUUUGUCCUGUCCCUUCAAAGCUCUGACACCAACUUUGCUCUCCCCUAUACCCUCUUACCCCUCCACCCCAGUGUGCAUGUCUGUGUUUGGCCCCUUGCUCUCCCAGCUGCCCUGGCUGACGUUUUCCCAGCAGACUUAGUACCCAGGGAUUGGGCUCACAUCCAUCCAAUCUUGCUCCCUCUGCUUCUUGCUUUGCCUUCACCAGCAGAACUCCAUCUUUUUGGCUUUCCCUCUUCCUCCUGGCUGUGCCAGGCCUAUGCCAACCAAUGGGAGUGGCCCCUACCUAUGCAAAAAUCUCCUCUGGCUCCCUGUCCCCUUUUUCCCUGGGGAAUGUGGGAAGCCCUGUUGUGGGGAUGCCAUGGUCUAGGGCUCAAAUGGGGGCUGAGCUUUCUGGUUAUACAGAGAUGCUUGGGUGAGGAGGGAGGGGUGUCAGAGAAGGAUAGGUUUGGGCAGAAGGGAGCAAGCACACCACUGGGUUUCCUGGGCAACAGUGUCCUCUGGCCACUUAGCACAGAACCCUCCAGGACCCUGAAUUUGAGGUGUGUGUGUGUGUGUGUGUGUGUGUGUGUGUGUGUGUGUGUGUGUGUGGUGUUGACUAUUGGAGCACAGGUACUGAGUGAGCUGUGGCCUCAGGCCUCAGUUCUUGGCCAACUGGUACCUGAAUGUCUUGUUCUCAUUUAGGGGCAGCUUGGCCAUCUUACAGCUCCAAGGAGGGAAGGACUUGGCUCAUCCUCUUUCAUUCUGGGUCCAGAAACUGAGCUUGGCCUUGGGAGAGGAGGGGGUGGGGAAGCCCCGUUAUUAUUUUUGCCUGACCAUUUCUGCCUAGGUCUCCUUGCACAGACAGCCUCACCUCCCACACACACACGCACAGACUUAGAGAGAAAGCAAUUCUUUGGUUUCUUUUCUUGGUAGCUUUAUUGAUUGCCAGGGAAAAUGAAAACCAGAAAAUUAAUUAAUCUCUAAAAUUAAACUUUACACUGAAUGUUCUUGUUUCUCUAAUUAGAACCUCUGCUAGCAGCUGUGGCUACACACACACACACACACACACACACACACAAACACAGAGAGAGAUACAGAUACACACACACACACACACACCCUCACACCUACAUGUUUGCACUCUGGAACUGUCAGAGGGUGUCAGGCACAGAGGACUCUAGGCUGCCCCCGACAGGCACACACACAGUCACUCCCAAGCCCCCUCUGGUGCUCUACUCAGCGCCUGCUUCUUGCAAAGAGUCCCUGGAGUGCAGGCCCUCUUGGAUUGCAGCUGCAGUCGCCCAUCUUUGAGGUAGACGGGCACUGGGUCACUCAGCCCGAGGAGAGUUGGGAGAUAAGAGUUUGAAUUAGUCAGCCAAGAUCCUCUCAUGAAUCCAUAGUCUGUGAUUCCUAUGGGUGUGGCCCCAUGGUGGGCAGUCACAGCGUGCCAGGGACUCAAGGAGAGGGUACCUGGAAGACUGUAUGUCCUGAGGAUAAGGGCUUGUGGGGUGGGCUAGGCCUGGCUCGGGAGAAGACAGGCCUCUGUCAAAUUGGGUGCAUCACACUGUGGCCUUUCUGUCAUGGAAUUCCAAGCGCAAAGAUUGUACAAAUCACACUGAUGGAUAAUAAAAGUGUGGAUGACUCACUG